UAUUGAAGACACCAGUCUGCCUUGACGCGUUUCAGCCGGAGUUGGGCUCAUUUGGAAAACUUCGGCGCUGCACUCGCGCACAUUUUAGCUGUCAUGGUCUCUCGUGCGUGUCUUGUAGGACUACAAAUAUUCUAAGAGCUACAUAAGCAAUUGUAGCCUUUUUUGAGGACUUUUUUUUGGGUUUAUUCUAGUAACUUGCAGUGGAAACCCUCCCUGGAUUUGUUAGCAACUAACUUUUUUCACCCUUUAUUUUUUUCAAUCUCCAACCGGCCGAUUCCGAUUCUGGUGCCAAAACGCGGACUGUUAGACGGAAGACAAAAAUGCUACCGAUUACUUUCGAUGCCACAAAGUGAAAACGCGAAGGUGUUUGUUUAUUUUUCCAACCAGUUGAGUAACUGGCGACAGGACUCCAUAAUCAAUGUGGUGUCAGCUGGAAGGACGCGGGGUCCGGAUCUCACCUAAACGCUGAAACGUCUUGGGAGUGAUGCACUGGCUUCCCUUGGUUACCAUGGUGAUUGCCUCGGCCCUGCCCUUUCCUCACAACCCUGUGUCCAGGAUUGCUACUGUGACAGUGCAGACUGGGUCUGACAGCAGCAGCAGCAGCAGCAGCAGAGAGCAGCAUCUCCACCCAGACGCCCAGCUCGCCGCUCCGCCGGUGGACUACAACCCCGCAGGCAAUGCCUCGCAAACGGACUACAGCCAGCACGACAGCCAACAAAGCCUCCACAGCAGCGAAGACUUCCUUUAUGGAGACUCCUCCACGUUCAAAGGGGAAGCACCGUAUGGAUCGCAGAGCAUUCCAGGCAGCGAUGACACAAGAACAAUCAGUCUGGAUGCUCCUACAACAGGAGCAGCGCUCGGGAGCCAGGAUACGUCAGAGGAUCGUUCUCUAACAAGGGACUCUGGGUCUGUCAGCAGCAGCAGACACGAUUUCUCCAUUUCUCAGGACUUUUCUAACAGCUACGAUCUUAAGGACACUACAGUUACACCGUUGGAGGUUUCCACAGUGAAAAUGCACGACGUUGUCAGUCCUGCUACCACACUAGAAGGUCAAAAAGGACCAGAAACAACCGCUCCGUUGAAAAAGAUGAGAUCAGCAUCAAGGGGUGGGAGGACCAGGACAGGUUCAGCCGGCGAGACCUCGCCUUUGGAGGCGGGGCUGGACAACUUUCUGGAUGGAGACGAGAUGUUCCUGUAUGCACACCCACGGGUUCUGUUCUCACCCUCUGCAUUACCCCCAGAAGACCCCCCCCUUCUGCUGAUGCUGGAGAACGACCUGAUGAAGGACGGCGGGGAUGUGGAGGAGCAGGAGGACAUGGACGCACACAUAGAGGGUCACGGCGACCGUGCCAUUGAGAGGAGCGCCUCUCCGAAUCUGACCGAUGGCUCCAGGGAUUCAGUCCGGGCGGUCAGACGGGAUAAACGUUCAGAAGGUAUUACGCGGCAGACUUUGGAGACGUCGGUGUGCCAAUCGGAAAGCGGUUGGAUCACAGAUAAGCGGACUGCCAUCGACCAGAAGGGAGACAACGUCACCAUCUUACAAGAAGUUCAGACGCAAGCUGGGCCUAUCAAACAGUACUUCUUUGAGACGCGCUGCAGCCAGGGGGAGCGUCAGGGCGGGGCUGCGGCGGGGAAGAGCGCGGCGAGCAGCACAGCCAGAAGAGGAUGCUUGGGCGUGGAUAAGAGACACUGGAACAGCCAGUGCAAGUCCAAGCAGUCCUUUGUCCGCGCUCUCACCCGGGACGACCAAAACAGGACCGGCUGGCGGUGGAUUCGAAUAGACUCGUCCUGCGUGUGCGUGCUGUUGUCCAGGACAAACCAGGCCAGGCAUGUCUGGUCAAAGAAGGGGAGGGGCUAAGGUGGAGGUUUCCUCACAAGUGGCCAUGCUUUUUCCCCCAUCUUGGCUUUCUGCCACUCCCAGAAAACUAUAUAUAUAUAUAUAUAUAUAUAUAUAUAUAUAUAGAUAGAUAGAUAAUUUUUGUAGCGAAGAAAAACAAAAAACAAGACGACCUCAAUACGAAAUCUUAGGGAAAUGUGUUUUAUAGGUGAGAUUUUAAGUCCAGAUGUUUUUGUAUGAUUUCUUUCAUAACUUAUUUUUGGAUUAGUAUGUAAGCAUGUGUAUGUCUUUGACAUUAAUAUAUUCCUUUUACAUUUGUGUACAAUACGAAAGCAGUAUACCUACAUGUAAGAAGCUAUGUAUAUCCGCAUGUAUUUAUAGAAGACUUCUUCAUGCAGUAGUCGCUCCCCUAAUGAUUACUCCAGCCUCCGAGCUGCUCGGGUUACAAAAGCACGGAGCGCCACCUAUUGAGUCUUCUCUAUACUGCUCCGGACCCUUGUGAAUAAAAGAUGGAGAAUGUUUUUUAACAAACCGCAGACAGAGCAGGAUUCUUCUCCAUCUAUUCAGCUCAGGACUGUAAAUCAUGUGAAGCUACCAUUUGUUCAAACAUGGUAAUAAAGUACCUUUGUAUUCA